GGAGGCAGAGCCAUCCCUCCCGGGGGGCUCAGCCUGCUACCACCCAGCCCUCCUCUGCCCUCGGCGCCCUGAGAACGCCAGCCAGGAGGAAGGAUCCACCAAGCCAAUGUGACUUCUCCCACCACCUUUUCAUGAGCUUGCCUGUUGGCUCUGCACCUUCUUUUCUGUGACUUUGCCGAGGGCAGGAGAGAUGGCCCUCUCCAGGCUGUGGCGGGGUGGCGACGGCCACCUGCCCUUCGUGGGCAUCAUGGUCCUGACAGCUGCGGUCAUUGCCCUCCUGUCCUACGCCCUCCUCUGGAAGGCCGGCAACCUCGUGGAGCUGCCCGACCUGACCAUCGGCUUCUACAACUUCUGCCUGUGGAACGAGGACACGGGCUCGCUGCAGUGCCACAGCUUCCCGGAGCUGGAGGCCCUGGGGAUGUCCCGGGUGGGCCUGGCCCUGGCCAGGCUUGGCGUGUACGGGGCCUUCGUCCUCGCCCUCUUUGUCCCCCUGCCUCUCCUCCUCGCCUGGUGCAGCAGGAACGAGGGGGAGUGGCACCUGGCCGUGGGCUUCCUGGCAGGGUCCUUCGUGCUGCUGACCAGCGGCCUGGGCCUCUUCCUCUCCUUCGUGUGGAGGUGGAUCCGGCUCUCCCUCCUGGGGCCUGGCUCUCUAGCUCUGGGUCUGGCCCAGGUCUUACUCUUACUUUUGUCUAUGGCCACAGCUGUGUUCUCUCCAAAGGUCAGGACAAGGUCAAGCUGGAGAACUGCUAGUUCUGUCUAAAGGCUCACAUGAUGACUGCAAGGAUUCCCUUCCAGCUUCGCUCAGAGAAGAUGCCCAAGGACUACGUACAGGCUGGCACAUCUUCUUGGCCACCUUGUUUCAUAACCAUCCACCGAGCAGGUGGGGCUGAGGCGGCAUGGACAGCCCUGGGUGUCUGUCCUUCGGGACCACACAGUUCAUCCCCACAUGAAUUCCGGCUUGCAUGAACUGACCUAGGCAGUCGCUGCUCUAGCCUCAGGAAGGCAAAGGAGGUAUAACUUAAUGUCAUGGGGCUCCAUUUCCAGGCUGAUUUGCCAAGUUGCCAAACCGGAGCCCAGUGACGGUUUGGUUGAUGGCAACAAAUGGGACCAUGAUGACAGCUCAAGAGAGCACGGUAGUGCCCUACGGGGCCGGGGAGCAGACUUCCUCCCCCGCGAUGAGUCAAUCAACCGGGCUCCACCCCCAACAGGACUCUGUUCCCAAGGGACCAGGAAUGGCCUCCAGGGAUUCCAUGCACAGAAGACACAGGGCACAGAGAGAAGGAGCUCAUGAAAAGGCCCUGGGCUCGGCAGAGCAGGUGCGAUAUGUCUCUCACAACCCAGGAGUACCGACCGAAGCACAGGGCACCGAACCCGCAAAAGAGCCAGCCCACAGGAGCGCGUGGUCCCCGCCCACAGACACUGCAUCCACUCACGGUUCCACCCAGAGCUGGGAAGGACAGAAGCAUGACAACUUAAUGCAUUGAGAAAUUCUGUGUAUUUGUGACACCUGUGUAUUAAAAAACUCUGGCAAUGGCA